AAGACAACAUCAACCUCCUAUCUUCUAUCUCUUUUUAUUUCGCCGACAGGUUUUAUGCUGGCUUGUUUCUGCUCUAUGUGUAGAGUAUCUCUAUGAUAUUUAUACACUUGCUAGUCACGUGAUCAGAGUAUAUUAAACAUAAAGAACGAGUGAUCAUGUCUGCUCCGGUUAAAAGACGAGAAAUUCAAGAAGAUGUUAAGGACGAUGAUGAGGAACAAGAAUCAUCUGAUGGCGAGGAUGACGAGCAAGAACAAGUUGAAGAAUCGGGAAUGGAAAUUCAAGUUGAUUUUGAAGGACGUAGUCCACAAGAUUCAGAUUUUUUUGGAAUCAAAACAUUACUGCAACAACUAUUUUUAAAAGCGCAAAUAGAUUUGUCUGCGUUAACCGAACUAAUAAUUUCACAGAAUUAUGUAGGAUCGGUAAUAAGACAAUCAGAAGAUUGUGAUGACGAAGAUGAAGAUGAAGAAGACACGGAUGAUAUUUAUGGCGUAUUUGGUAUUACGACUGUAAUAAAUAUAUCGGAUAAACAGAAUGUUCCAUGCAUACAACGAUUAAGAGAUUUAUUGCUAGAAUUAUCUAGCGAACAUGCUACGGAUGCGGCUUAUACUUUGAUCAAAAAUGUACUUCAGAACGACUCACAACCAAUCGGUUUGCUCAUUAAUGAAAGGUUCAUGAAUAUACCUACGCAAAUCUCUGUACCUCUUUUCGAAAAUUUAAUCUCUGAGAUGAAACGCGCCACUAGUAAAAAAAUGCCAUUUGAAUUUUCUUAUUAUAUACUCAUUUGUAAAUUAUACAAAGGAGAUGAUAAAAAGAUUGAAAAGAAAAAGAAAAAUAAAAACAAGAAUAACAGCGAAUCGCCAACAAUUAUUUGGAGCAAUUCAGAAGAAGAAAUAUUUGCUGAUAAAGCAUUGGUUAGUUUUGAAUUUUCAGUUGAAAACGAAACGGAUAGUGCUUUAUCCGGACUGUGGACUGAAACUGAUGAAGAAAUGAAACCAUACAGACGAGUGUUGUUGAUCGAAGCUUCUACGUUGCCAUCCAUAAUUAACACAAUUAAAAACCAAAUAUCUUAAUUUUUACUUAAGAUCAUCAUCAAUCGAUACAUCGUAAAACUCGCUUCGACUUUUAUAACAAUAUAAUGUAAUUUUCAUAAGAUUAUAAUUAUCAAAAUAAUUAUAACAAUAAUAAGCUUUAAAGGGGGAACAGAUUUCUUUCGCGUAUUUCUACGAAAAAAAAAAAAUGAAAAA